UCAUGGAAAGUCGUCUCUGAUGCUGCCCUGUGGUAUCAGUCAUCAGUGGCACUCCCAAAGGAGCAACAAGAAACGGGACUCUGCAUUUAAAACUGUUCCACGCUUGUCAGGGACCCGGUUUAGGUGGAUUUGAAAGGGAACCAACAGUCUCUUUUUUUUUCUCUCUCUCUUGUUUCAUCCUCUGCAAUCAGAGGGAGUGACCUUAACCGGACACCAGGCGAUGUUAUGACUUCUGUCCUGCACUUUCUUUUAACCGUGUGCGCACUGGAGCUGAGAGCAGAGAGUAACCACAAACUUGCAACCUUUUUAAAAUGAUGUUCAUCUUUUCCUGCAGGUCACUGUUUCCAGUUGUGGCGGUUCUUACAGCUAUUAAAGCUGCGGGGAGCCAGAAAGUUGAAGAUGCUGGAAUAACUACUCCUUCACCUACUUAUCCGUCCAUCAAAUUUCAAAUCUUCAAUGCAGACCAUGUGUUUCUUGGACAGGGUAGUCCAGGGACAUCCAGUAAUUCAAGCCUCAAAGUUCAGGCCAAGACUUUUCUCGUCACCAAUCCCGGAGCUCUGACGCUGCAGCCAGCCAUCAAGGCUUCUUUUGGCCCCCUAGCUGUAGAUGCUACUAUUCCCCCAGACCUGCUCCUCAAUGGACAGAAAAUUCUUGCAGUGAUUUUGGUCCGUCAGGUUCGAUCCUCAUUCCCGUUUGUCAAGAUUCUUUUCCACAUGCCCACCGAAAGCAACAUAACUUUAAGGAAAGAAACAGCGGACUCCAACACAGAUGAUGACGCUAAGGCCAAGGAUGAAGCUCACUGUGUGACGGCUUAUGCCUUCUGGGAGACGAAGGAAGUCCGAGGAGCUUGCCUGGUUUAUCCGGGUGGAUUCUGUGUGGCCCAGCUCAAGCCAGAGCCAUCGUGGUUCAGCUCGGGCAGCAGAUCUGGAAGCUCGAGCAGGGAAACAGAAAAAAACGAAGGACUCAAGGGGCCGCGGGGAAAUCUUGUGGAGGUCUACUUCCAGAGCAGAAGGGACCAGUCUGGUCAAUGUGCUCCACAAGACAGUCUGCAACGAGUGGGAGUGGGGAGAGGGCGAGACUCUGGAGGAACGGGGACACCUCUGCGGAGGAUUGGAAGCGUCACUCUUAUCAAAACUCAAACAGGCAACCCUACUUUCCUUCGGCUUAGGCUGGGAGGCGCUGUGAUGAUCCAAACUUCUUCCAAGCCCUUAAAGAGCAAGGACGUGGGAACAUUUUACAUCUUCCUGGCUAGUGCGUCUACAUUGGGAAAUUUCACUUUGAGGGCUGCUGUGAAAUCAGGCUUGUCCUUCAGUGCGGCGCGGCCCAGUGACCCCUUACUGUGGGACAUCGUUGUUGAGCCUGGGAGAGGAGCAACCCCCAACACUGUUGUUGUCGUCUGCCGCAGGAAGGCUCCCGUCACCGCAAAAAGGGGUCUUCUGGAGAUUUUGCAGCUAGACUUUGUGCCAAAAGAUGUCUCCGAGCAGAUUGAGAGUCAGGCCAUCUCUUGGCGUCUGGAGCUGCCAGGGAAUGUCAGAGAUGUUGGCUUAAUGCGGAUCUACACCGCCCCGAGAGACUUCAUCGGACUGGCACCUCUGGUGAUGACUACAGAUAUUCUGAAUACUGCCAUGCUGACAGGUAAAAUGGUGUCAGUUCCUGUGAAAACCCUUGCUGUCGACACCAACGGCACCGUUACAGAUGUGACAAACUACACCAACUGCAGAUCAACAGAGGUGGAUGUGCUCAAGGUGUCAGAGCGCUGCAACUAUGUUUUCGUAAAUGGGAAAGAGACGAAAGGCAAAAGCAGCGUGAUGCUCAAUUUCACAUACGGUUUCCUGAGCGCGCAGCUGGAGAUGAGUGUCUGGAUACCCCGCUUGCCCAUGCUCAUCGACAUUGCUGACCCUGAGCUUAGUCAGAUUAAAGGCUGGAGGGUCCCCGUCACAACUGGCAAUAGGAGAUCCACAUGGGACAGUGAAGAAGAUGAGGACAUGCGGAAAGGCAGGGGAUGUAUGUUACAGUACCAGCUCUCUGCAGUGAGGGUGCUCACACCUUUUGUCGCCCAGCCUGAUUCUGGAGUUCUGCCCGGCCCAUUUACUGGAGAAGAGCCUGUUGAAUACUUUCUAGGCUCUGACUGGCAGGUGGAUGUGACCAACCUCGUGCGGUAUUCUCUAAAAGUAGCUGAUCCUGAUGUCGCCAGGGUGCAAGACGGCCUGGCACUGCAAGGACGAGCUGUGGGGACCACUAUUGUGCAGGUGCUGUCCCCGCUGACGUCGUCGGUCCUGGCUGAGAGGACCAUCAGGGUGGUGGAUGAUAAAGUGACCGUGACAGAACUCGGGGUGCAGUUGGUCUCUGGGCUCUCUCUGUCUCUUCAGCUCAGCCCCGGGAGCAACCGGGCCAUUGUCGCCACCGCCACCACGAGGGAGACAAUCACAGAGCUCAAGCAGGAAGCAGUGGUCAGCUGCUGGGUUCAGUUCAGUGACGGGGCGGUUGCUCCACUGGAGCUUUUUGACCGCGGUGUCUACUCUCUCACAGUCUCCACCAACGACGAGAGGGUGGCCACCGUGCGGCGUACACCCCUGUCCACAUUCGUGGUGGCACAAGGUGAAGGCGAAGGCCGUGGGAGGCAAGUGAGGGUGGAGCUGAGGAUCUGCGAGGAAUGCCAGAAGUCCAAGAGGAAGAGCAAGUUGGCGGUGGGCGCGGCGAUCCUCAAGACCAACUUCCAGAGCGGCAGAGGAGGAGCAAAUAAAAAUGUGGAAGCAGCAGGUGAAGUUAAAACAGCAGUGACGUCGCAAAAAAUUGCCACAGUGAUGAAUAAAAGACCAGUCAUUAGCACAGUGACCACCCAACGGUCUAAUGGGGCAGAAAGCAGCAUGACAACAAUGCUACCAAACAGAUAUGUGCAAACACCUGUCGUGUGGGUUGGAAGAACCAAACCUACAGUAGGUACUGCUUCUACUGUCAUUAGCAUGGCCACUCCAACAACAAGGAAGAAAUUAUGGUCUGAUACACAGCUGAACACCGUCAAACCAACGGGGAGUUUGGUCAGUAAAGGAGAUGGGAAGAAGAAGCGUUACGGGAAUAUGCUUGACAACUCUGUCGCUAAUUCCAAUUCAUCUUCUAGCAAUGAAUUUCCUGCAGAUGAUAAACCUGAGAAAGAGUCCCCUAAAGCUAAAACACCUAAAGUGAUUGAGAGCGACCUCAUCAGGACUUUCAAAGCCCUGUCCGACUUGGAAAUUGGCAUGUAUUCCUUGAUAGGGGUCUCCUGUAUCGCCAUCAUGGCAUUUCUGCUUAACUGUGCUUCGCAUAAACUGUGUUUUCGCAAACAGAAGACUCCCGUACAGAAAGGCCCAGCUCCCACUGCGGACCCAAAGGAUCACAAGCAUGACUGGGUGUGGAUGGGGGGCAACAAUCACAGCACCCCUCCACCGGGUGCUCCAGCUGCUCCGGCUCAGGCUUCAACGCUGAAACGGGAGCCUCACCGCCCUCUCGAGUCCCACCAUUCAAUAGAUUCAGCGGGUCCCAGUGGCCUGCAGGGGUCUUUGCCGACUGUGAGUGUCCCCGCCGUCACAGAGAGAACCGCUACACUGGGACGCUGCAGGAGCAGCUCCCAGCAACACCAGUUUCAAGCAAAGCCCAUUGACCCCAUGGCAAACCGAUCGGCCACUUUGCUGGCAAGGCCGCACCGCAGCGAGCCUCUACAUUCUCCCACCAGCAAGAGAAAUCAAGUCCAGUUCACCACCUUCACAACGCUGGACAUCAAGCACUUGGCUGCGCUGAAGAAGAAUGGUGUGGACUUAAACUGGGCUAACCAGAAAGCCCAGCAGCCCCCCGCUCAGCCCCAGACACCUUUACCCGACAUGCCGUGGCCUGUUGUCACACCAUUAGGAGAGCCCCAGUGAGUGCACUGAGGUGGCCAUAUAUGUUUGCAUACGUAGUCAGGAGGAAUAUAGUGCCUUUUAAAUAUAUUCAUACCUCUUGAUCUUUCCCCAUUUGGUCACGUUGCAACCAUAUUCUCACAUGUAUUUAUUUAUUUUGUCAAUUUUGUGUAAAAGAAAUCCACAGGAAUUAUCCGACGUGUGAUUAAGGGAAAGGAACCAUGUUUUUUUUUUUUUAAAAACACAUUUCAUUUACAAAUAGAAUCCAGAAAAGUGUGAUGUGAAAUUGUGUUGAGUUUCUGUGAGUCAAUGCUAUGUUGAACCAUCUAUAACUGUAACUACAGCUGCAAGUCCUUUUAGGUUGAUCUCUACCAGCUUUGCACAUCUUGAAGCUCAACUUCUGUGUCCAUUCUGUGCUGAUACUUCUUUGCAAACUAUUUCAUGCUCAGACUGGAUGGAAAGCAACUGUGAACAUGAAUUUUGAAAUAUUUCUUAAUUAGAUUUAAAGCGUGACUUUCAUUGGGCUAUCUUAGCACAUGAAUAAGCCUUGAUCUGAAUAAUUCUAUUUUGGCUCUGGCUGUAUAUUUCAGCUUUUAAAUCUGCAGUCUCAAGUCAUUUGUGAACGUGUCACAGUUGCAGAUUUGUUUAUUUGUAAGCCAUUUUCAAGACCAUGUGUCAUUUCCCUUACCCUUCCCAAUUAUUCACUACAUACUCUUGGUCUUUCACAUGAAAUCCCCAACAAAACACAAUAAUGUUAGUUAUUGAAACAAAAACAAAAAAGUGUCCAAGUGGUAUGAAUAUUUUUCAAGGAGCUGUAUUUCUAAACGAGAUGGCCAUUCUGAAAAUGAACAUUUCAAACAUAAUAAUGGUCAGUAACCUUAAUGUAUUUAUACAAAUAAAUUAUAUAAAGGAUAUGUUUAAAAUAUUUAUUCUCGAAUCAGAUUUGCAAAUAAAAGACUUGGAAAUUAGUUUCUAUUAAAAAGAAAAUCGGUCAGGUAAAUAUAGACAUGUAUUCUAUUUUAAAUAUUUAUACAUUUCUUUGUAAAAAAAGAAAAAAAAGAAAAAUAUAACUGAUCCCUAUUUACUUUUGUACAAUGCUCUAGUUUCUGUAGGAACAGUCCUGACUUUGUUAGUCAUCAGACUGGAUGCAGUAUAAGAUUAUUCUCUUCCUGUAAAUAAUAUUUUUAUGCUAACUAAACCUGUCAGAAAUUAUACAAGGAUUAUUAUUUUCCUCCAAAAAAAAAAAAACUAUCGACAGUCUUCUCCAAAAACCAGCGUAUACCUUGUUGAUGUCUGAGCAGAGUGUGAGAUGGGCAUUGUUUCUCAGCAUUUUGUACAAAAAGGUUGUUAAACCUGCAGGUCUGUCCUGAGGACGUGCUGGUACUACGUGUAAGGACAAAAAUAAAUAAAUAAGGGAAAUAAACUGUCAAACAGUGCAAUACAUAUUCAUUUGAAAGAUUUUCAUAUGUAAAUACAAUAAAUGUGAUGCCUUUUUUAAGUAAUGUUCUCCUGUUUUUAAACAUAAAAUGUGACGUGAAUUUCCUGCUAAAGUCCUGAUAAUAAAACAUUACAUUCAUUUU